AUGGCCAAAAGUGGAGAGGCCCUGCCACAGGGCAGCCCAGUGCCGGUCCAGGGUCCUCCCCUCAUCAAGGUGACCGUGAAGACGCCCAAGGACAAGGAGGAUUUCUCAGUUACAGACACUUGCACCAUUCAGCAGCUGAAGGAACAGAUAUCCCAGCGCUUUAAGGCCCACCCUGAUCAGCUGAUCCUCAUCUUUGCUGGCAAAAUCCUCAAGGACCCUGACUCACUGGCACAGUGUGGGCUCCGAGACGGCCUCUCUGUCCACCUGGUCAUCAAGAUGCAGCGCCAUCCUGUGGGCACUGCGUGCCCAGCUGCUUCAGUCCCUACUGCAGCCCCAAGCCCUGGAUCGCUCCCUCAGCCAAGCUCCAUUUGCCCAGCAGACAGGCUACCCACCUCUAGCUUAGGUGUCCUCACAGGCCUCAACGGGCUAGGCCUGACCUCUGGUAGUUUCCCCGACCAGCCAAGCUCACUGGUGUGGCAGCAUGUGUCUGUGUCUGAGUUUGUGUCUCAGAUCACUGAUGACCCCUUCAUCCAGGGUCUGCUGUCCAACGCAGGCCUGGUGCGCCAGCUGGUUCUUGACAACCCCCAUAUGCAGCAGCUGAUCCAGCACAACCCUGAGAUUGGGCACAUUCUCAACAACCCUGAAAUCAUGCGGCAGACGAUGGAGUUUCUAUGCAACCCUGCCAUGAUGCAAGAGAUGAUGCGUAGCCAGGACCGGGCCCUCAGCAACCUGGAGAGCAUCCCUGGUGGCUACAAUGUGCUCCGUACCAUGUAUACAGAUGUCAUGCACCCAAUGCUUAAUGCAGUGCAGGAGCAGUUUGGUGGCAAUCCCUUUGCUACCACCACUACUGCUAAUGCUACCACCAGCAGCAGCAAACCUUCAAGGAUGGAGAAUUGUGACCCUCUCCCCAACCCCUGGGCUUCCACAUUUGCAGGCUCAGCUGGUAGGAGAGGCAGGAGGCCUGGGGACCAGGAUGUAUCCGAACUUAGAAAUAGGGUUUCCAAUAUUCUAGGUAAUAUAAGGCUCUAUGACUAUCUCCAGCAAUUACAUGAGAGCCCCCUGUCCCUGGGAACCUAUCUGCAGGGGAUUGCAUCUACUCUCAGCCCAAGCCAAGAACCACCACCACCACCACCACCAGGAAGCCAAGUUCCCCCAACUUCACCCUCAUCCCAGGAACUUGAGUCAGGCCAGCCUCUCCCCAAGGAGUCAGUAGCAAUCAAGGGGAAGCCCUCCUGCCCCUCAUUCCUGAGAUAUCCCACAGAGAGCAGUGCUAGAAGAGAUGGAAGCCAAGGUGGUUCAGGGAAUGGCUCCACUGCCCACAGCACCAACAAGCCUGAUCUUGUCUCCAGGCUGGAGCGUGCUGCCAACAAGGUCCCAUUUGUUCCUUCCCCACCUUCACCCACGGCAGCUACCGCUGGAACCCCUGAGCAUGUCUGGCUGCCGCCACCAGCUUAUCCAAGAUCUCUGAGGCCAGCCGGAAUGAAUCAGGCCCCACAGUUGCAGGACGAGAUGCGCUGGCAGCUGCCACUGCUGCUGCACCUUCAGGCAGCCAUGGCAAACCCUCGUGCCAUGCAUGCCUUGCUGCAGAUUGAGCAGGGUCUGCAGAUCCUGGCUAUUGAAGCCCCUCGCCUCCUCCUCUUGUUCAUGCCUUGCCUAGCAGGGCUGGGAAGUAUGACAGGAAGUACAGAGCCUCGAGAGGGUGCCCUUAUGCCUGCGGAUCCUCCCCGAGCCCCAGCUCCUGAGGUUCCCUCAGCACGAGGCUCUGCGGAGCUGGGCCUCCGCUCCAUGCCCUCCUCCAGAUGUUGCAAGCCCUAG